AUGUCUGACCCUCGUCCAAAAGUUGGCACCAGAAAGUCCAAUAGAGGCAACACCAACGAGCGUUUCCAGUUCCUCAAGCCACGCUCUUCGUCGCGCAACCGCUCCGCUUCACGCCCUUCGUCAACACACUCCGAUUCUGAUUCCGAUUCCGACCCAGAUAACGAUGCCAGCCAGUCCCAACGGCCCUCUGCGUCCACUCACGCCUUGCCCUCGUUUUCACGCUCGAUCAAUCCGCACCACCAUUCCAGACGAAACGAUAUCGAGGAGGACGCUAUCGACACCAUUCAAAUCAACAGUGGCAACGACCUCGGAGACUUUGACGACGGCUCCGACGACGAAGAAGAUGAAGAUGGCGCAGCCCACUACAACAUGCACAACGGAGAAGAAGUUGACCUAGGUUCAGACGUACGCUUGACUUCUCCCGCUGGGUCUUCUGUUUCGCCGAGAGCAGAACAGGAGGCCACUGCCACCUUGUAUCAAUCUUCAGAAGAUGAUGAGAAAACAGAUCCCAAGGCUUCCGGUAAAAACUCUCCCACAGAUGUCAACACAUCCGAGGCACAUUCUAACCCUUUUAUCAAUCAAACGCCGCCAGAAGAUGAAAAGAACAACGGAGAUUCUUCAUCGGAUGGAGAAGACAAAGUUGAUAACUUUAAGCGGUUUUUCCGUAGAAGAUCCACGACACGCCGUACUUCCCAUGACUCAAGACCCAGCGCUGGAAUGCAUUCGUUGAAAGAGGAAGGUGAAGAUGACGAUCAGGGUUUUUUCAAUAAAUUUCUACAAUAUACAGGAGGCGGGAUGACUCCUGGGCUUGAAAGGUCCAGUACUCAAAAAUCGCGGCCGGACCAGGAACACAUUUCGGGCCAGGAGAAUUUAGAAGAGCCUGUGGAUACAUUGGACAUUACUGAUGCGGCCCAACAAAUUUUGCAAUCGCAUGGUGCUACCACUCUCAAAGAUCGCGAUAUAGCUGCUCAUGGGACCCUAGGCAACAAUAAUACCGGAAAUGGCGGUUCUGAGCUACGUGAUUCUUAUCUUGAUGCUGCCGCCAAUAAUCCAUCUGAUGGCGAAACAAUGGUUCACUCUGGGCACGAAUCCUUCUUCGCCCCUAGAGUCGGGCACUAUGAUGAUAUUGACAAUGAUGAUGGAUUCAACCCCUUAAUGGAGGACGAGUCUUUCAUUGCUGCACCUGACAGGGUUCGCGGUGGUGUUUUAGGUUCAUUGCUAAAAUUAUAUCAAAAUCAAGAUGAAGCGGCUACUCAGUCUCAAAUAUCUUUUGAAACCACUCCGGAGCCUGUGGACUAUCAUGAUGCCGAGUCUGUGCCACUCACAGGUAUGACAGAAACUGGUUCGAUAGCGCCACAGCCAGGCAAAAAGUCUAAGAAAAUAUCCUUCAAUACUCCAUCUUUCGCUGGAAUGAAAGGUAAAGCGUCACAACUCCUGAGCUCGGAGCACUUGCCCAACAAUGGUAAACUACCCAAUUUCAAGGCUACGAGACCCAAAAUGAAGAACGUCAAAAGUGUUGCGAAACAGGCCAACAAGCUUCGCCGCAAACAAAAUGCCGAAGCUAGAAUCACAGUCCACAUUGCAGCUUUACUACAGAGACAAAGAUUCAUUCUACGUUUGUGCAAAGCGUUAAUGCUUUACGGAGCUCCUACCCAUCGUUUGGAAGAGUAUAUGGUAAUGACCUCGCGCGUUUUGGAGAUUGACGGACAAUUUCUGUAUGUCCCUGGAUGUAUGGUAGUAUCUUUUGGUGACGCCACAACAAGAACGUCGGAGGUGCAACUAGUGAGGUGUGCUCAAGGCUUGAACUUAUGGAAGCUGCAUCAAGUUCACUCGGUCUACAAGCGUGUUAUUCAUGACUUGACGAGUGCAGAAGAGGCUAAUAUGACUAUCGAUCGUAUUUUGAAGGAAAAGAAUCUAUAUCCUGCAUGGGUUUGUGUUUUACUGUACGGUUUCUGUGCAUCAAUGGUCACACCUUUUGCUUUUAGAGGUACUUGGAUUAAUGUGGCAGUGUCUUUUGUGAUAGGCUUAUGUGUUGGCUGUUUGCAAUUUAUUGUUUCCCAAAGAUCUAGUUUGUAUUCAAACGUUUUUGAGGUCACCGCUUCUAUCGUGGUAAGUUUCUGUGGCAGAGCUCUAGGAAGUAUUCCGAAUAGCGAUAUCUGCUUUGGUGCCACGGUCCAAGGCUCCCUAGCCCUUAUUUUGCCUGGCUUUAUCAUUCUCAGUGGUUCUUUGGAACUGCAAAGCAGAAACUUAGUUGCUGGGUCUGUCAGAAUGUUUUACGCCAUCAUUUAUUCUUUGUUUUUGGGUUUCGGUAUCACGCUAGGUGCAGCUCUAUUUGGUUGGAUUUACCAUGAUGCUACAAACGAAACAACGUGCGUUAAGGUUAUUCCUGACAUCUACAAGCUGCUAUUUGUUCCCGCAUUUUCGAUCGGGUUGGCCUUGAUUAACCAAGCUAGAUGGUCACAGCUUCCUGUCAUGACUUUUAUCUCGUGUUGCGGGUAUGCAGUUACCUAUGGUACUGGUCUGCAUUUUAAAAAUUCUACCGAGUUUACGUCGGCAAUCAGUGCUUUCGUCAUUGGAAUUCUUGGUAACUUGUAUUCCAGAAUCUGGAAGGGACUUGCCGUCUCAGCCAUGUUGCCGGGUAUUUUUGUGCAGGUGCCUUCAGGUGUUGCCUCUCAGAGUUCAUUGUUGGCAGGCGUUCAAAGUGCUAACGCAAUCGUGAACUCAUCUGACUCUUCUUCUACUAGUGAAGCUAAUGAUCUUUCUGGUUCCAUGAGUUUUGGUGUCACUAUGAUUCAAGUAUCCAUUGGCAUUUCAGUUGGACUUUUUGCUUCUACCAUCUUUGUUUAUCCAUUUGGUAAGAAGAAGACCUCUCUGUUCACUCUUUGA